CCGGCGCCUGUAGAACACACAGUCGUGUUUUCCAAGAUAACUUCAAUUUCGCUGUGACGCUGUCUCGCAGUCUCGCAGGAGAGUUUAAGCUGGAUGCGUCGUGUUUGCUCGUCAUUCUUCUCGCGUAUCCGCAUUACCUACAAUCAUAUUAUUGUCAUUAUUUCUGAUACAGUUAGCCUACUGCAUUUUCUGGCUCUUUGUCCGAUCCGUACGAUUUCUUUCUUUCGAAUCGAUUUAUUAUUUUUUUUUUUUCUCAAUCGCCCGUAACGCGCUCGACAAACUCAACCGCAGUUGUUUCGUGUGUCAAGACUUGAGAGCAGAUACACCAUACCGUCGCUCGGGCUGACGUGCCUCAACUCCGGCGAGUAACCGUAGCUGCACCGUCGGCUUCGGCGGUGGUGGCCGCAGGAAAUCUCGCCGCCACACAUCAUUUCGCCAUGCCUCCCAGAUCCCGGAAGAAGCCAUCCAAGCUGGCCGAGCCAGCCAAGCCGACCACGAAGUCCGUGUCGGACUUGAACACCAUGGAGAUUAUAUGCGCCAUGAUAGGCAUGACGGAACCCGAAAAGCCGCCUCAAGUUCGGGGUCGAUUUUUUAAAGGUGAAAAAGUCUAUUGCAAAUGGGAUGGUAUUUAUUAUCGGGGCAACAUUUUGAAGCGUUUAACGGGAUCAAAUUAUUACUCUAUUCAUUACUGGAAAUUUACCAAACGUUGGGAUAUGCCAGUGAAACGGAAAGCGCUACUUAGAUUUGAUACUUGGGGUAAUGAAAAAUAUGUUAAAAAAUACAAUGCUUUUUCUAGAAAAGUAAAAAAAGCAAAACAGAAACUAAAGGACGAAAUAAAAAUUAAUAGUGAGAUAGAGAAACCUUUACGACCAAGUGUACAAAUUGAUAUUUUACAGUUUAAUCCUACGACAUGUAGGGUGAUGGUUCGUGAAGAUGGAAAUAUAUAUAAUCUACCAAGAGAUUCAAUUAUAUUACCUGAAAUUGAAGUUGAAUCUCCUCCAGUUAACAAUGAACCUCCAGUUAACAAUGAACCUCCAGUUAAUAUUGAACCUCCAGUUAACAAUGAACCUCCAAUUAACAAUGAACCUCCAGUUAACAAUGAACCUCCAGUUAACAAUGAACCUCCAGUUAACAAUGAACCUCCAGUUAACAAUGAACCUCCAGUUAAUAAUGAACCUUCAGUUAACAAUGAACCUCCAGUUAACAACGAACCUCCAGUUAACAACGAACCUCCAGUUAACAAUGAACAAGAAGAUGAAAAUGUUCAACCAUCAAUAUCAUCUGCAGUUAGUGGUAAUGGUUUAAAUCCUGAAUUAUCAUCUUUAAGCCCAAUACUUGUGGAGGAACAAGAGUCAAAGACGGGCUCAUCACAAAUCUUUGAUACUUUUUCUACCAGAGAAAAAGUUGCCAUAGAUAUCUUGGGUUAUUUCCAAACCAAGAACAAACAUCAAAACAGUUUCAUUCAAAAUUAUGAAGAUUUUACAUCCAAUCACAAAUCUAAUUUAAGUCCUCUUGAAACAGCAGGUUCAUCAGAAAUAACAAUCACGGCUAAUAAUAAAAGGAAAACAAAUGACUUUGUUGAAGAUAGUUUUGAUGAAUAUGGUAGCAUAAAAAAAAUUAAAUUGCUUAAGAAAAAGUCAAGUACAGAUGAUCUUGAACAGGAUAUUAUUGAUUCUCAUUUAGUACCAAUUGAUGAUUUCCGUGAAGAAAUUAUAAUUUCUGAGACAAAGGAUAAAUUAAUAAUGGAUGAUAAACAAGAUUCAAUUGAUUCAUACACUGAUUUAGUUAGUGAUAAGUCAAGUUAUGGAAUUAGUAAUCCAUCAAAUAAAACGGAAAUUAUGUUGAAAGAUAACACUAAUUUAAUUCUAACAGACAUGUCCUUACAUGAAACAAAUUUAGAUACAUCUGAAAAAAGUACAUUACCUGUAGAAACCAUUUAUUUUGAAGAGGUUACAACUGCCAAACCUGAAGAACAAUUAAGAUUUGAUGAUCAACAACAUUUGAUGAACUCAAAUUGUGAUGGAAUCAGUAAUAAUUCAAUACAAAUUGAUGAUUUCCGUGAAGAAAUUAUAAUUUCUGAAACAAAGGAUCAAUUAAUAAUGGAUGAUCAACAAGGUUCAAUUGAUUCAUACACUGAUUUAGUUAGUGAUAAGUCAAGUUAUGGAAUUAGUAAUCCAUCAAAUAAAACGGAAAUUAUGUUGGAAGAUAACACUAAUUUAAUUCUAACAGACAUGUCCUUACAUGAAACAAAUUUAGAUACAUCUGAAAAAAGUACAUUACCUGUAGAAACCAUUUAUUUUGAAGAGGUUACAACUGCCAAACCUGAAGAACAAUUAAGAUUUGAUGAUCAACAACAUUUGAUGAACUCAAAUUGUGAUGGAAUCAGUAAUAAUUCAAUACCAAUUGAUGAUGUCCGUGAAGAAAUUAUAAUUUCUGAAACAAAGGAUCAAUUAAUAAUGGAUGAUAAACAAGAUUCAAUUGAUUCAUACACUGAUUUAGUUAGUGAUAAGUCAAGUUAUGGAAUUAGUAAUCCAUCAAAUAAAACGGAAAUUAUGUUGAAAGAUAACACUAAUUUAAUUCUAACAGACAUGUCCUUACAUGAAACAAAUUUAGAUACAUCUGAAAAAAGUACAUUACCUGAAACCAUUUAUUUCGAAGAGGUUACAACUGCCAAACCUGAAGAACAAUUAAGAUUUGAUGAUCAACAACAUUUGAUGAACUCAAAUUGUGAUGGAAUCAGUAAUAAUUCAAGUCACAAACUUAGUACCUCUAAUGAAUCAGAAAGCCAGCCAUCAGAAAAUUCAAGUUUAACUAUUAUAGAAGAAGAGUUACAGCUUAAAAUAAAUUUAGAUGUAGAUGAUCAACCUAAAAAAGUUAUAACUGAAGAAUUAAAGCGUCAUAUGACUAUGGAGUUUCAAGAAUGGUUGAACUCAAUAGAUUUUUCAACUGAAAAACCAUGUUGUUGUAUAAAUUCAUUUUUUAAACAUAUUAAUAGAGAUCCAAAUUACAUCACUACAGUUAAUUUCAAAGAUUUAUUGCGAGGCAACCAGAAGAGUUUCGAGUUUAGUCAAAGAAAUACUGUAAAUGGACACAACUUAAAUGCGUCUAUAAAACAGGAAAUUUUGAAUGAACCAUGUAACGAUCUUGAAGGUAAUCUUGAUAAUGGAGAUAGUGAAGAAAGUGGCACACCUAAAUUAAAGGACAGUCAAUCUAAUAAAGCAUCUUUCAUUAUUACUACAAGAUCUGCAGAUAAUUUAAAUGAAGAUAAUGACGUAAAAUUGGAAAAUUUGAUAGAAAUAGAAGCUACUUUUGCUUCCGAAGAUAGUCUUGAUCAUAAAAAACAACCAAGUUAUGCACCCAAUGAUAAACCUACUAUAGAAAAAUGUGACGUUUCUAAAAUUGAAAGUUUAUCACCAACUACUCCAAUAACUCUGGAAAAUAAUCAAAGGAAAGUUAAUGACCACCAAGAUAAAACUACUGACAAUUUUACAUCAAUUGAUAGUUUUAUUUUAAACAAAAGUAAUGAUCAUAACACAGGAAACUCCUCAAGUUCAUCAAUGUCAGGAAAUGUGAUGAUCAAAAAAAAGAAAAUUAAAGAUCACAAAAAUAAAAAUACUGAUGGAGAAGAUCAUGUCUAUAGAGUAAAAGCAUCAACAUCAACUAAGUCAAAAAAUAAGAAUAUUCAUGAAAAACACAAACCAACCAAAGGAGAAGAUAAUGUUCGUAAAGUUAAAGACGUAUUAACAUCAACAAAUGAGUCAAAAAAUAAGAAUAUUUAUGAAAAAUACAAACCGACCAAGGGUCUAGCAGUUAGUUACAUAAAAAAAACAAACCUCUAUACAAAACUUCUAAAAAGCAAGUCUAAGGAUCUAUAUUAUAUAGAUUCUGAUGAUAAUGAUACGAUUACUACCAACAAUGUAAAAGAGCUUGCUUCCAAUGAAAGUUUUGCUUUGAACCAAAUUGAUGAUUAUGAAACUGGUUGUUCUUCAAGUUCAUCAACAGUGUCUAACAAAAAAAAUAAACGUAAAGAUCGUAAAAGUGAUAAUACAGAUGAUCAUAUUCAGAGAGUAAAAGAAUGUUCAUCAACACCAAUACCCCACUUAAAUAUUCAAAAUAUUUAUAACAAGAGCAAAUCAUCGAAGGAAGUUAAUAACUUGAAAAAAUCACAAGUAUAUGAAAAAUAUACUAAAAGCAAGUCCAAGGAUGUAAAAAUUAAUGACGACAAAUAUAAUUUUUUCAACACAGACCAUAAUCAAGAUAUUACUUCUGAUAAAAGCUUUACUUUAAAUGAAAAUAACCAACCUGGAGCUAUUUCAAAGUCAUCAACAUCAACAAAAGUGGCAAAUAAAAAGAAGAAAAUUAGAGAAAAUAAAAGUGAAAUUACUGAUGGAGAAGAUAAUUUUUGGAGAUCAAAACCAUCAACAUCCACAACUAGGCCCACUGAUAAGAUAUUACUUGAUGGAAACAAAAAAUCAACUGAGUGUCCACCAGUAAGUUAUUUAAAACAAUUAAAAGUUCAUGAAAAACUUCUAAAAAGCAAGUCUAAGGAUUCAUUAAAAAUAAAUAAUGAAGAUAAUUUUGAAACGGAUUAUCAACAAGAUGAUAGAUCUAAUGAUAGUUCUAUUAUAAAUCAAAGCAAUCGACCUGAAGUUUGUAGUUCCUCAAGUUCAUCAACGUCAAGAAAUGUGGCAAAUAAAAAAAAGAAAACUAAUCAUUGUGAAAGUGGAAAUUCUGAUGGAGAAGAUCAUUUUUGGAGACCAAAAGUAUCAACAUCAAAAGUGUCUAACAAUAAGAUAUUACAUGGUGAAUACGGUAAAUCAACCGAGGAUAAACCAGAUAAUAAUUUUAAAAAAUCAAAAGCUUAUAAAAAAUUUCUUAAAAGCAAGUCUAGAGAUGCAUUUAUAACUAAUAAUAAUGAAAAGGUUGAAGCUAACUAUCAACAAAAUUUUAUAUCGAAUGAAAGAAAUCAACCUGAAGCUUGCAGUUCAUCAAUCUUAACAAAUGUAACAACUAAAAAAAAGAAAACUAAAAAUCAUAAAAAUGAUGUUUCUGAUGAAGAUCAUUUUUGGAGAGGAAAAGCAUUGACAACCGAGUCAAACAAAAAGAUAAAUUAUGACAGAGAAAGAAAAUCAACUGAGGGUCUAGGAGUUAAUUACAUAAAACAAAUAAAUUUGUAUCAAAAACUUCUAAACAGCAAGACUAGAGAUGCAGUUUUAAAUUAUGAAAAAAAUCAUUUUGAAGAUGACUACCGACAUGAAGAUGAAACAUCUAAUGAAAGUUUUAUUAUGAAUCAAAGUCAUCAACCUGAAGCUUGUAGUUCUUCAAACUCAUCUAUGACAACAACUGUCACAAAUAAAAAUAAGAAAACUAAUCAUUGUGGAAGUAGAAUUUCUGAUGAACAUUUUUGGAGAUCAAAAGCGUCAACAUCAACAACAGAAGCCAACGAUAAGAUAAUACUUGACAAAUCAACGGAGUGUUUACCAGUUAAUUAUUUAAAAAAAAUAAAAGUUCAUGAAAAACUUCUAAAAAGCAAGUCUAAAGAUUCAUUAAAAAUUGACGAUAUAGAUAACUUUGAGGCUAACUAUCAACAAGAUGUAAUUUUGAAUGAAAGUAAUCAACUUGGAGCUUGCAGUUCAUCAAUCUCAACAAAUGUGACACCUAAAAAAAAGAAAACUAAAGAACAUAAAAAUGUUAUGUCUGAUGGUAAUGUUGAUUUAUUGAUGACUGAUACAUACAUACUAAUAAAUUAUUUUUUUUAUGGAAAAGAUCAUUUUUGGAGAGGAAAAGCAUCAACUUCGACAUCAACAACUGAGUCAAAUAAUAUGGUUAUGUUUGUCAAAAGAAGCGAAGCAAUUGAGCGUCUUGGAGUUGAUCACAAACAUAAAUCAAAAGUGUUAAAAAAAUAUGCAAAGAAAAAGUCAAAUGAUGUAGAUUUAAAUAGUGACAGCGAAGUUAAUGUAGUUGGUGACUCUCUACUAGAUUUAACUUCCAAUAGUCUUACUUUGAAUAAUAGUAAUUUUUCUGAUAUUGCUACUUCAACAAUAGAAACAACUGUAUUAAUUAAUAAGAAGAAAAUUAAUAACCAUAAAAAUAAAGUUACUGAUGGAGUUAAUUGUGUCAAAGAAGUAAGAGAGCUUAAAAAAGAUAUUAAAAAGAAAUCGCAUGUUGUAGAUAUUCUCCCUGACAAAGAUGAUAAAGUGAUUAAUAACUAUCAACCAAUUCCCAAAUCAAAUAAUGGAAAUUGGUCAUGUGGAAGUGCUAGUUCAUCAAAUUCAAUACCUUUGUCAAAUCAUCAAAUAGAAUCUGAUGACGAUGCACAUACCACAGAUGACGAUGAUCAAUAUGUUAAAAACAGAAAAAUUUCCAAAAAAAAACAUAAACCUUUUGAUGAUGUAGACCGUAGUAUUUUCGAGGCAUUUGGAUAUGAAAAACUAUAUUCAAGAGCCGCAAAGGUAAAAGCUAAUGAAGCAAUAUCGCUGAUGAGUAAACCACCCAUCAACAAAGAUAAGAAAAACGAUGCAACAAAACGAUCAAAAAAUGGCAAAAAGAAGGAUGAAUUUGAUCCAUGGCAUGGCAUGUUGACAUUGGAAGACUACAACGUGAAGUUGCCAAAGUUUGCUCAAGAAAUAUUAAUUCUAGAUAAACAUAUGCUCGAAGAUGAUCGUUGUAUUUCAAUAGUACCUUCAUAUACAACUGUGUUUACUAUUAUAAAUGAUUACUUACGUAAAACCGAAACUAAUUGCGAGGAAAUGGCUAUCAUUAUUUUAGAAGCAUUUAACUGUUCGUUGUAUUUGUGGUUGUUACAUCCACUUGAAAGGCCUAAACAUGAUCAUGUUGUACAUAACAAUGUUGGCAAAUCUAUGUGUCACAUUUAUGGACUCCCUCAUUUUCUCAGAUUUAUCAUGAAACUGCCCAAAAUUUUCCACUUGGUAAAGAAUGACUUGGACAGCUUUGUACCUGAUGCUGUUGAGUUUAUUAAAGGAUUACUUCGUUUUAUAGAGCAACAGUAUGAAAAAAGUAUCUAUAUUAUGAAUUAUGAUUGUAUAAUGCCCUAUGAAUAUAGAAGGGCAUACUAUGUGUAACUUUUUUCCUCUCAGAAUGAUACAGUCGGUUGUAACUAUUUGUUGUUCAUUACACAUACCUAGAUAAUAGUUUAUUACUCUGUAAAAAUUUAUUUUCAUACAUUCAUUGUAAUUCAUUAACUUUUUUUACCAUAGUGUUAUUAUUUAUUAUUAUUUGUUAAGUAUAAUGUAGAUUACUCUUUUAAUAUGUAUUUAAAUUAAUAUUUAUUGUUUAAAAUACAAGCAUUUUUCUAUUGUAAUAAAUAUGUUCCAAUAGCGUUAUUAGUUUAGUACUUAUAUGACUUUGAUUAUUAUUUACAGAAAAAUCAUUUUGCACAAACUUUUAAAAAUUUUUUGUGUUUUUCAUUUAAUUUAUUUGAACUAUUAGUGAUAUUUAAGUAAGUAAUAAUAUUUGUCUAUAUGUUAACUAAGAUAUAUUUGAGUAUAAUUAUUCAAAUAUAUAUUUAUCUCGUGCAUGGCAUGUCGACAUAUAUCUCAUUAUUCUUAUAAAACAUAUUGUAUCUUGAAUUUAUCUGCGAAGAAACCAGUUAGUUCUUAAGUUUUUAUUUAUGAAAAAUGUUUUCCACUAUUCUAUUUUAAUUUAAUUUAAUUUACUAUUUAGUAAAUGAACCUUUAUCAAAUGUUAUAUUCUGGAUAAAUUAAUUGUACCCUACUAUUAUAUAACUUUUGUUAAGUGUACAAAUGUACACCAGGUUAAGAGACUGAUAUUGUUUUAUAUUAUUAAAAUGUAUUUCUAAUUAUGAAAGUAUUCAGUAAUUGUAUUAGACUAAAUGUAAAUUUAUUUAUUUAAAAAUUUACUUUGUUUACCAAUUUAAUAAAU